AUGUAUGGAGCUACAUAUGUUCAGGAGACGACGAAGAAGGUCCGGGCUGUGAGGCUGAACAUGAAGGAGGCUCAUGACAGGCAGAAGAGUUAUGCAGAUAGACGCAUACGAGAACUUAAAUUUCAGGUUGGAGAUAGAAUGUAUCUCAAGAUGGUUAUGUUGAAGGGUCCUAAUGAUCGCGGGAUCAGGUCUUCCCCUUUCCUAUCCCUGAUUCUGCAAGUGCACAGGUCAGAAGUAGUAAACGGGUAUCGAACACAAGGACCAGAUUGCACACUACAAGUUAUGAGUUUGAGAACAAGCUAG